AUGGAAAUCACAGGGAAUUCUGUCCUCAGGACAGGUCUGGACUUGUGUCGAGGGAAUUUUAGAGACCGUGUAUUUUACCAGCCUUCUACAGUCACAGUCACAGUCACCACAGCCACAGUCACAGCCCCAGCCCCAGCCACAACCACAGCCACAGUCACAGCCCCAGCCCCAGUCACAGCCACAGUCACAGCCACAGCCACAGUCACAGCCCCAGUCACAGUCACAGCCCCAGUCACAGUCACAGCCACAGUCACAGCCCCAGUUACAGCCCCAGUCACAGUCACAGCCACAGCCACAGUCACAGCCCCAGUCACAGUCACAGUCACAGCCCCAGUCACAGUCACAGCCACAGCCCCAGUCACAGUCACAGCCACAGUCACAGCCCCAGUUACAGCCCCAGUCACAGUCACAGCCACAGUCACAGUCACAGCCACAGUCACAGCCCCAGUCACAGUCACAGCCCCAGUCACAGUCACAGCCACAGUCACAGCCCCAGUUACAGCCCCAGUCACAGUCACAGCCACAGUCACAGUCACAGCCACAGCCACAGUCACAGCCCCAGUCACAGUCACAGUCACAGCCCCAGUCACAGUCACAGCCACAGCCCCAGUCACAGUCACAGCCACAGUCACAGCCCCAGUUACAGCCCCAGUCACAGUCACAGCCACAGUCACAGUCACAGUCACAGCCACAGUCACAGCCCCAGUUACAGCCCCAGUCACAGUCACAGCCACAGUCACAGUCACAGCCACAGCCACAGCCACAGUCACAGCCCCAGUCACAGUCACAGUCACAGCCACAGCCACAGCCACAGCCCCAGUCACAGCCCCAGCCCCAGUCACAGUCACAGCCCCAGUCACAGUCACAGCCACAGUCACAGCCCCAGUCACAGCCCCAGUCACAGCCCCAGUCACAGUCACAGCCACAGUCACAGCCACAGUCACAGUCACCACAGCCACAGUCACAGUCACAGUCACAGUCACAGCCACAGUCACCACAGUCACAGUCACAGUCACAGUCACAGCCACAGUCACAGCCACAGUCACAGUCACCACAGCCACAGUCACAGUCACAGCCACAGUCACAGCCCCAGUCACAGUCACAGCCACAGCCACAGUCACCACAGUCACAGUCACAGCCACAGCCACAGUCACAGCCACAGUCACAGCCACAGCCACAGUCACAGUCACAGCCACAGUCACAGUCACAGUCACCACAGUCACAGCCACAGCCACAGCCACAGUCACCACAGUCACAGUCACAGCCACAGCCACAGUCACAGCCACAGUCACAGCCACAGCCACAGUCACAGCCACAGUCACAGUCACAGCCACAGCCACAGUCACAGUCACAGUCACCACAGUCACAGUCACAGUCACAGUCACAGUCACAGCCACAGUCACAGUCACAGUCACCACAGUCACAGUCACAGCCACAGUCACAGCCACAGUCACAGCCACAGUCACAGUCACAGCCACAGUCACAGUCACAGUCACAGCCACAGUCACCACAGUCACAGCCACAGUCACAGCCACAGUCACAGCCACAGUCACAGUCACAGCCACAGUCACCACAGUCACAGCCACAGUCACAGUCACAGUCACAGUCACCACAGCCACAGUCACAGUCACCACAGCCACAGUCACAGUCACCACAGUCACAGCCACAGCCACAGUCACAGCCACAGUCACCACAGCCACAGCCACAGUCACAGUCACAGUCACCACAGUCACAGCCACAGUCACAGUCACAGUCACAGUCACCACAGUCACAGCCACAGUCACAGCCCCAGUCAGAGUCACAGUCACCACAGUCACAGCCACAGUCACAGCCACAGUCACAGUCACCACAGUCACAGCCACAGUCACAGUCACAGCCCCAGUCACAGCCACAGUCACAGUCACCACAGUCACAGCCACAGUCACAGCCACAGUCACAGCCACAGUCACAGCCACAGCCACAGUCACAGCCACAGUCACAGCCACAGUCACAGUCACCACAGUCACAGCCACAGUCACAGUCACAGCCACAGUCACCACAGUCACCACAGUCACAGUCACAGCCACAGUCACAGUCACAGUCACCACAGUCACAGCCACAGUCACAGCCACAGCCACAGUCACAGCCACAGUCACAGCCACAGUCACAGCCACAGUCACAGUCACAGUCACAGUCACAGUCACCGCCACAGUCACAGCCACAGUCACAGCCACAGUCACCACAGUCACAGUCACAGUCACAGCCACAGUCAUAGUCACAGCCACAGUCACAGUCACAGUCACAGUCACCACAGUCACAGCCACAGUCACAGUCACCACAGUCACAGCCACAGUCACAGCCACAGUCACAGCCACAGUCACAGCCACAGUCACAGUCACAGUCACCACAGUCACAGCCACAGUCACAGCCACAGUCACAGCCACAGCCACAGCCACAGUCACAGCCACAGUCACAGUCACAGUCACAGUCACAGCCACAGUCACCACAGUCACAGUCACAGCCACAGUCACAGUCACAGUCACCACAGUCACAGCCACAGUCACAGCCACAGUCACCACAGUCACAGUCACAGUCACAGCCACAGUCACAGCCACAGUCACAGUCACCACAGUCACAGUCACCACAGUCACAGUCACAGUCACAGUCACCACAGUCACAGCCACAGUCACAGUCACAGUCACAGCCACAGUCACAGUCACAGUCACAGUCACCACAGUCACAGUCACAGCCACAGUCACAGUCACAGUCACAGCCACAGUCACCACAGUCACAGUCACAGUCACAGCCAUAGCCACAGUCACAGCCACAGUCACAGUCACCACAGUCACAGCCACAGCCACAGUCACCACAGUCACAGCCACAGCCACAGUCACCACAGUCACAGCCACAGUCACAGUCACAGUCACAGUCACCACAGUCACAGUCACAGCCACAGUCACAGUCACCACAGUAUGUGUGUGUGUUUGCUCCUUAAUGGCAGCCCAUUCCUUACAUAGUACAGAUGAAUUAGCCUGGGUGAUGGGCCCCACGGUGCAGGGAGAACUGUUACCAGACUGGACAUAGGUCUGAUGAAUUAGCCUGGAUGAUGGGCCCCACGGCGCAGGGAGAACUGUUACCAGACUGGAGAUAGGUCUGAUGAAUUAGCCUGGAUGAUGGGCCCCACGGCGCAGGGAGAACUGUUACCAGACUGGACAUAGGUCUGAUGAAUUAGCCUGGAUGAUGGGCCCCACGGCGCAGGGAGAACUGUUACCAGACUGGACAUAGGUCUGAUGAAUUAGCCUGGAUGAUGGGCCCCACGGUGCAGGGAGAACUGUUACCAGACUGGACAUAGGUCUGAUGAAUUAGCCUGGGUGAUGGGCCCCACGGUGCAGGGAGAACUGUUACCAGACUGGACAUAGUUCUGUUCCCUGGUCUAAAAUAGUACAGAUGAAUUAGCCUGGGUGAUGGGCCCCACGGUGCAGGGAGAACUGUUACCAGACUGGGCUGGAAAGGAGGCUGGUUGAUAAAAGGACUUUAUUGGUCAACUGCACACAAGGACCAAUCAGAAUGUGAAUGGGGGGCCAUGUGGGAUAUAUUUCCCUGGUUAAAUGCAGUACAUUAUAUAGUGAAUGGGGGGCCAUGUGGGACUCUCCCUGUCUACAGAGCGUUUAGUCACGGGACUGGUGGCACGACGCUUCGUGUUUCAGAGGCUUAAAAAAGCAGAACGGAAUCUAAAAUAAGGAACUUUACACAAGUCUUCCAGUCAAACUAAAAUACCAAAGAAAGGAACAUGAAAAACAGUCUCAGAAAUGUGUUUUAAAGGGGCUGUUCACGCUGAAAACAGGUUAUUUACAUGUCUCAGAAAUGUGUUUUAAAGGGGCUGUUCACGCUAAAAACAGGUUAUUUACAUGUCUCAGAAAUGUGUUUUAAAGGGAAAGUUCACGCUAAAAACAGGUUAUUUACAUGUCUCAGAAAUGUAUUUAAAGGGACUGUUCACUCCGAACUCAAAGUUUCUCAGAUAUUUUAAUGUCUCAGAAAAUGUGAUGUCUGAUGUCAAGUAAAGUCAAAGAUAUUUAAUAUAGAUUCUAAAUCAGGAGAAUAUGUAUUAGGAGAAAUCAAAGCCGAAAUGGAGAAACAUUGGUAGUGUAAACUUACAUUUUUUUUUAGGGUGAACUAUCCCUUUAAGAUAUAUAUGUAUGUGUAUAGGAAACUAUCAUGUCUUUAAAGGUACAGUAGCUAUAUUUAUAUUGUAAAAUAUGUUGUACUGAAUGUACAUAGAAAUUUCUGUUUUAUAUAAGAGGCAAUCUGUAUUUAUCUUUAAUGUAAUUUUAAGGCUUCAUGUAUUUAUGCUGAAAUAAACUCCUUAUAUUUUA